AUGAGUGCAAACGAAAAGAGACACAGGACCCAACCCAGUGCAUCAAUGGAUUACGCGAAUAUUGCUGCUGAGAGCAGUAAAUCCAUUAACGAAGUGCAUCGGGAUACACACGAUCUAGACGAAGAGAUGGAACGUGUAUUUGCCGGCGUUUCCAGUGGAGCCGAUGCUAACCGAUUUGGUUUGUCCAGAUUUUCUAGCGAUCGGUCACCUCGGCCAGGGGAUAGGCGAUUUAGCGAAGACGAUUACACCGUUCAUCGAAAUAACAGCCGAUCGCUCGUUCACAUACCACUCAAGUCUAUCCCAAAAUCCAUAAGAAAACAAUCGACCACAUCAAUUAAAUCAAGAGAUCAAGAGACGGAAUUUAAGAGGACUGAUGAACAUAGAGAUGUAACAGAUUCUGACAGUGCAAUGAGUCCGCCAACCACAAGCCAACAGACAUCCAGCAACAGUGGUGCGUUACUUUCCGUGGCUGCUGGAGUUAGUCCAAACUUUGUGGACAUCGAAUCCGACGGUUCCAGGGCCGAAGAUGGACUUUUGAGUAGUGAAUGUGAUACUCCUAUGUACGAAAAACCAGAAUUCAGUCACUACUUCAGACAGGACUCCGUGGACAAACACGUUCAGUUUAACAUCGACGAGAAAAAUGAAGAAGCAGCUUACAAUCAACACAGAGAACUUGAUAAAAAUGCACAAGAAGGACCACAUCAAGAACCCAAGAAAAAGAAACGUAAACACAGACAUCAUCAUCGUCAUCAUAGCCGGCAUAGGAAUAAUGAACGAGAAAUUUUUAUACCAAAGGAUGAUUUACAAAUGGAUGAAAAUUUAGAUGAGUUCAUUCAAGACGAUUUAACAAGUCAUCGAUACGACUGCAAUAAAGAAAAAAGGAGAUUCAGCGGCAAAAACAAAAGUUCCUUUUUGGUUCCGUAUGCUGGAGAUAUAGAGGGGAAUUUAAUCGCAGGCUUGCCAAUAAAAGUGAUUAAGAAAUACGUAGAUCAUAGUCCUCAUGCGGUUUUUGUUCAACUAGACGAGUUAAAAGGUACCGGAGAAGAACGAGAAUGGAAAGAAACUGCUCGAUGGAUAAAGUACGAGGAAGAUGUGCAAGAGGGCACGGACAGAUGGGGACGUCCGCACGUGGCUUCUUUGAGUUUCCAUUCGCUAUUGAACGUGAGAAGGUCUUUGGAGUCAGGUGUAAUUUUACUGGACUUGGAAGAAAAAGACCUACCCGGUGUAAUAUAUCGGGUGGUCGAACAAAUGGCCGUCGAGGAACUGAUCAACCAAGAAGACAAAGCUGCGGUCAUGAGAUUGUUGUUACUUCGACAUAAACACGUUCAACAAGAUAGCGACAAGUUUAGUAGGUUUAUGAGACGAAACACAUCUAGCUACACAAGUCUUACGAAUCUUAAUGACGACGGAAAGUCAAAAAUGAAAAGUACUUUAUCAAGCCAUGAAAUGCAUUCAAGCCCUAAAUUUGGCGUCAUCAACAACAACAACAACAAUCGUUCUUUCCUAGACUUGGACAAAAAUCAUAUUAAUAUUGAUAUGAAAGAAGAGACUUAUACCUCGUCCACCGAAGACAUGGUAAAAAAAGCUCAAAAGGAAAGUAUUCUUAAACGAAUACCAAUUGGUGCUGAAGCCACUACGGUGUUAGUUGGUUCUGUGGAUUUUUUAAAAAAGAGGACCGCAGCUUUUGUACGUUUAGCUGAGGGUAUCUUGAUACCUUCAUUGACCGAAGUUACAAUACCAGUAAGAUUUAUGUUUAUACUUUUGGGUCCUCCUGAUCCAAAGGAUAUCGAUUAUCAUGAAGUUGGAAGAUCAAUGUCGACUUUAAUGUCAAAUUCUGAAUUUCAUUGUAAAGCGUACAAAGCGGCGGAACGUAAAGAACUGAUUAGUUUAUUAAAUGAGUUUCUCGAUAGCAGUAUUGUAUUGCCACCAUGCGAUUGGGAAAGAGAAGAAUUAUUAUCUUUACGGGAACUCAAAGAAAAAAGCGAACAAAUCAAGAGGCGAAAAACACGCGCAGCCUCACAAAAAGUGACGACCUUAACUUCAACUUCAAGUGAAAAGAGCGACGAUAGCAAAGAUGACCCUUUGAGACGUACAAAAAAACCUUGGGGAGGUUUAGUGAAGGACAUAAAACGCCGAUUACCGUACUACAAAUCCGACUUCAUUCAAGGGUUAAAUUUACAGUGUAUAGCAUCAGCAAUAUUUAUAUACUUUGCCGCUCUGUCAGCAGCAAUCACUUUUGGCGGUCUCAUGGCGGACAAAACGAAAAACUUCAUCGGGAUAUCAGAAACGCUAGUCGCCACAUCUGUGUCCGGUGUCGUCUUUUCGCUGUUUUCCGGACAGCCAUUAUUGAUAGUGGGAACUACUGGACCUUUGUUGCUCUUUGACGAAGCACUGUUCACCUUUUGUCGUAGCAACGACAUCGAAUUCUUACCUAUGAGAGUUUACAUUGGCAUAUGGUUGGUAAUCAUUGCUCUACUUGUUAGUUGCGUUGAAGGCAGUGUUCUAGUAAAAGUCUUCACAAGGUUUACUGAAGAAAUUUUUGCGUCCCUCAUAUCGUUAAUUUACAUAUGGGAAAGUCUAUCAAAAUGUUUUAACGUAUUUAUCAAACAUCCUCUGUUACCAUUGAAGGAGUAUUGUGAAGAAAACAAUUUAUCAGGCAGUGAAAAUUACAUUUCUCUCUCAAACUCUACUUCCUAUAAUUCUACAUCUAACGAUACAGAGUUGUUUAGACCAAUGGAUCACCAACCUAUGAUCACAAAGCAGCCGAAUACUGCGCUACUAUGCACUAUCUUAGCACUGGGAACAUUUUUCGUUGCCUAUUACCUUCGGCAUUUCAGAAAUAGCAAAUUUCUUGGAAGAAAUAUCCGUAGAGCGUUGGGUGAUUUUGGCGUACCCAUAGCCAUAAUAUCGAUGGUAGCCGCCGACUAUUUCAAUCCAACUACUUACACUGAAAAGCUCAAAGUUCCUGAAGGUUUAACGCCAUCAGAUCCGGCGGCACGUGGGUGGUUCAUAUCGCCCAGCGGGUUAAAGAGGCCCAUCGAACCCUGGGUACCCUUCGUUGCCAUCGUGCCGGCUAUAUUGGUCUAUAUUCUCAUGUUCAUGGAAACCCACAUCAGCGAGCUGAUUAUUGCUAAAAAAGAACGCAAACUUCAGAAGGGCAGCGGCUUUCACUUGGAUAUCGUUCUAGUAAAUUUCAUCAAUCUGAUGUGUGGAGUGAUUGGCGCCCCAUGGAUGAGCGCCGCGACCGUCAGGUCCGUAGCACACGUAUCAUCGCUAACAGUGAUGAGCCGAACUCACGCUCCCGGUCAAAAGCCUCAUAUUAUUGAAGUAAAAGAGCAAAGAGUCAGCUCUCUAUUAGUGUCCAUAAUGGUUGGUUGUUCAGUGGUCAUGUCUCCUUUACUGCGAUUGAUACCAAUGGCUGUACUUUUUGGAGUCUUUCUGUACAUGGGAAUAUCGUCUAUCGACGGUAUACAAUUUUUCGAACGUCUCAAAUUGGUUUUCAUGCCAGUGAAACAUCAUUCAGAAGCCCCAUACGUUCGCCAUGUACAAACAUACAAAAUGCAUCUAUUCACUGGAAUUCAACUUGUAUGUUUGUGUAUUUUGUGGAGCGUUAAGUCGUCAUCAUUUUCUUUGUUGUUUCCGUUUUUCUUAAUCAUGAUGAUACCGGUGCGAUCUCAACUAUGUGAUAAAAUAUUUACUACAAAAGAAUUACGAGCACUGGACAGCAAUGAGCCGAUCAACAUGAAUAAUGACGAAGAUGAGCCCGACUUCUAUGCUGAAUCUCGACUACCGGGAUAA